GCAGAUUAUACAAGUCCAUCUAUCAAUCUGGUGAGAACCUUCGCCCGCCAUCUCGAACACCUCUCCCAUGACUUCGUCAUGAGUGGCAAGAGCCUAGCACACACAGGCUUACGAAUGUGGCAGCAAGCUUUGCGUUUAAGGCAUCUAAACCCUGAUACUGACCCUGAAGAUGGCAGUCUAUGGAAAGACAAGGCACGCGAAAACGCCAAGAACGUGGAGUAUCGUGGGACAACGAUCCAGGGAGCUGCUUUGAGAAAGGUGAG